CAAACACUCGAACAGAGCCUACUCUGGCAGACAGAAGUCGACAAUUCAGCUCGCAACGCAACAACCACAAUAUGAAUUCCAUGUCAACGCCCCGAAUCCUCCCUGCUCACCUCCAUGCAUUUGCCCCCAAUGCCACCUCUCAUAACACAGUACGCAUGCUGGGGAUUAUAAGCCACGUCAACGGUGAUCAAGCGACGUUGACUUGCGGCUCAGAUGAUGUGACAGUCCUUUUGGCGAGAGAUUCCCACCUCUCGGUCGGUUCAAUGUAUGAAAUCGUGGGCAAAGUCACCAACACAGACGGCGGGCACGGCUUGGGUCUACGAGUUCUCAGCAGCACGGAAUGGCCUCGAAACGAGAAUGGACAACUUCCGGACUUGAAGCUGUUCGAGGCAGUAGUGGACGUGACCCAUCGUUACAAGAAUAUCUUCUACGGUGAUCCCGAGGCUGGCAUGGAUGGUGGAUAUUGAAACAACCCUGGAAACACGGCAUUGGAUCAUUAGGAUCGAAAGCUACAUUCAGUUGGCCGUAUGACUGAAAUUUCCCCACGACAGGCGCACAAGUCAUGAUGGUAUCGAGCGCUCUCGGCUUCUACAGCGGCUUGGGUUUCGCACGGCAAUGCGCAAGACCAUGGGACACAGUGAAUAGAAGUAUCGGAUGUCAAGUCUGUUUAAGCACGGCAUGGGCCUUUGAAAAGCUGGAUUGCACUUUGCUCACGGUAUCCAUCUGCCGACUCUGGCCUUCGACUCAGUGUAUUGAGGCUACCACAACGACAACAUCACCAAUAUCUUCAAUGAAACUCUGCCUGAUGAAUAUCAUACACAUCAUUAGCACCUGCUGUACACUAGCCACUCUAGGCGGAUGGGGCAAAUGCUGAAUGAUCGUAGCCUUGCUUUUUAACAAACAAACCCAUCUCAGUCACCACCACUGCAGGAAUCAAGUCGUG